UAGGCCACCGUCCAGCGCUUACCGGCCGUACCUACUUCCAUUCUGUGCUGGGUCGAUCGGUCGGUUCAGUUUAAACACUUUAACUGCCGCUGCUUCUGCUCCUCGGAAAACAGUCGCAAAUUGGUCGCGUUACGAGCCGCAGCAGUUCGCGUAGUUUCUCCGACUCCCCAGAAGACUUGAGAAGCCUACUGAGGUUUCAGAAGUUUUGCGUCCGAAGUCCGAAUCCGUCCGAGUCGCAGCAAGCGGACAAGGUUGUUGGAAAAAAUCGCGAACCAGAGUCCAAUCGGUUGAUUGGCGAUUUUCAGUGAAUGUGCGGUUAGUUCCAGUUUGAAAAAUUUAUACGGAAUGGCAGAAAUUAGCUGUGGUCGGUGAUCUGGAAAAUCGAAUUCAUUAAAGACACAGGAUUACGUGCGUAAGUGCGAAGUGGAUAUAAGCUGAAUUUGCACGUGUGUCCAGUGCCAUCGAGAGUGGAUUUAUUGCUUCCAAAGUGAAAUCGGAGAUAAGUUAAGUGCGUGCGAUCGAGUUAAGCCCAAUCAUCAGGCUAUCAGCCUUGGUCGUGUUUUGUAACAAAUCAAUUAGUGUUCUGUAAGAAAUGGCGCUACACGUGCAGAUCCUAGUAGCCUGUGUGCUUGCAAUCAUGCUGUUGCCCAACCCUAGCGAUGUACUUGCAGAACCAUGGAAGCCCCUUGAAGAUCACGACAGCGGAGGGACGUCCCUUCUCGAUCACUACUUUGUGCACCACUUCGAUCAGGAUGAACCAGAUUCGGAGCCGGCUCCGUCUUAUGCACUACGGGCCUUGUCAAUCAACUGUGAAUGCGUCAAAUUGCGACACUGUCCCAAGAUCUUGGAGAUGCUAAGAACACCAAAAUCCAGCUAUAGCAGUUUCAAUUCCAAACUGAAGCGAUUAACUUGCGGCUACAGCACGGGUCGAGAACCGAAUAUUUGCUGCCCUCUAGACGAUACCUGGCUAGCAGAUGAGGCAGAACAGCGGCCCCAGACCGGACUUGGCAACUCUUUUGCAGACCCGGAUAACCUCAAAUAUCUGCAAAACGAUCGCAACCAGUUCGGGUUUGGCUCUAGCACCCGCAAUUCCGCGAGGAACAACUUUGUUACGUCGUUCGAAGAUCCCAAGACCAUGAAGAACUGCCCACCGGUGAUAUCUCCGGGCGAUGAGUUCAGUAGGCCUACUAAGAAAGUUUAUGUGGCUCCGGCAGUGCGGCAGCGGCGGCCUACUACGACUACGACAACCACCUCGACUACCACCACAACCACAACGGCACCGGCGCGAUCGGUGUUCAGUGGCACCAGAACUAGCCUUGAGGUUGACCCGGUUUUCGCUCCAGUUACCAUCCCAUCCGUGAUCGAUUCCACUGCUCGGUUGGUAGUCCCCGCAUCACCACCGGUCAUCAACGAUGCCUUAUGCGGGUUGUCCGUCAACACACGGAUCAUUGGCGGCGAGACGGAGAUCCCCGGACAGUUCCCCUGGAUAGCGCGAUUAGCUUAUCGAAAUCGAACCUCAGGACGGGUGACGUACCGCUGCGCAGGAUCUUUGAUCACCAAUAGGCACGUGAUUACCGUAGCCCACUGUGUAACGAAUCUGAUCGAUGAACUGGAGUUAGUCAGCGUACGAUUGGGUGAUCUAGAGUGUAACUCGGUGACGGACAACCGGUGCAAUUCGCGCUUCCAAGACUUCGCGAUCGAUCGUUUGAUGCCCCACGAGAACUAUGACACCCCGAAAUACGCGAACGACAUCGCUCUGGUCAAACUGCUGCAACCGACUGAGGUCUACAACAUCCUUAGUCCGCUGUGUCUUCCGAUGGACCAGUACUCCAGUUACGGUAGAAACCUGACUGGCAAAACUGGAAUCAUCGCCGGAUGGGGAUCCACCAGUAACCGAAACAACUCCCCGAGUCCAACGCUCCAGUGGCUCCGUCUGCCGAUCGUGGACACGGCCCAGUGCGCCACCUCGUACGCUCGCUACAGCGUCAACUCGCGCAAUCCGAUCAUCGUCUCGGGCAACCAGAUGUGCGUCCAGGGCCAGGAGAAUAUGGACGCCUGCCAGGGCGAUUCGGGAGGCCCACUGAUGAACGAAGCCAUCUCCAGCCGGGAUCGGUUCGUGCUGCUCGGUCUAGUCUCGUUCGGGCCCCGCACCUGCGGAGUAUCGAACUUCCCCGGCGUGUACACCCGGAUCUCGUCCUACAUCGAUUGGAUCCAGCGGCAGGUGGAGUUGUGAGGGGGGAGGGGAGGUAGCCAGUUCAGUAGUUUAAGGUUAGGAAUCAAAUUGUAAAUAGCUCUCUUUUAUCAAAUUCGAACACAAAGUUUAUCGCAGAUAUGUGGGUGAGAGAAGUCCACAAUAAAAUCGAAACGUGACUGAGUA